UUCUCUCAUUUUUCAGUGAGAUCAUGUUCGGAAAUGCCGUUCCUUCUGAAACAAAGGACUUUAUUACUGCUUUUACCAAGUUUAUAUGGUAUCCUCAUACUGGGAGAUGAAGAGCUUCAGGAUCAAUUUGAGAAGAACUGGUGCCGAGAGCGAAAAAUGCGAACCGAUUGGCGGACUUACACAGAUUGGUGCCCAAGCUAUGCGCGGAAUUGGGCCCACGAAAUUUGGGCCGAUAGCUUCAAGACUCAUCCAAACUUAAGCUACAUCUCAGGAGCAGAAAUCAAACCAGCUGGACAUUUCAGUAAGGUUUAUAUACAGUCUGUGACAGUCCUAAAUCAUACAAAGACAUUUGGAGGUGAUGCGUGGCGCGUAAGAGUAAAAGGCCCAGCAGAUCUCAUGGCCUCAGUGUAUGAUUUGGAGAAUGGUACUUAUCAGGCCGUGUUUCUUCCCAUGGAACCUGGGACCUAUUACUUACAUAUCGCGUUGGACUAUACAUUAUGUCACGGGCUAAAAAAUCCACCUCCUGAUUGGUUUCGAAAAGGUAAGAUCACGUGAUAUUUAUCAACUCUGUGGGAUAAAGCGACAGUCAACAUGCAAAUUCUCAAUACUACCAUGCGCAUGCGCAUGCCAUGAGGCAGUUUUUGCAGGUAAUUCAACAGAAAAUGCAUAACAUAAGCAUGAAAAAUCUGGGCAUAUGAAUCAAGAAAGUCGAAGAGAGAGAAGAUAGAUUAUUAGUCUUUUGAAAUAUAAUAAACUUGCACUUGUCCGCUACGGUAUAAUUUCCUUGAAUCAUUUUAAUAUAUUUUUUUAAUUCAUCUACUUGACACACUGUUAAACACCUCAAAUAGGCAUACUUUGUUUCCCUACAAGUGGUGAAAAAAAGAAGAAGGGCAAAAGGAAGACUGGAAGAACUAAGAAAGCUCAUAGGGAAAGCCGCGGAAGAGAAAGACGUGAAGCCUUUUCCUCAGUCUUUCCUUCGUUUCCUGCCCACCAACUUUUCAAUUAUUUACCAGUGCUUGUUUUAUAUUUGGGUAUUUUUUGUUAUUUAACUGAUUUAAGCAAGGUUCUCAGUGGAGAUAUCAGACCUUAAAAAUAUCAUAAUUAUUUAAUCUUUAGGCUGCCGUCAUGGCUCUUUUCAGAGGCCAGGAACACUCGAACUUUCAGAUGACUACAUUGACAGGCCUUUAUUUUUCGGCGCAAGUUUUUCAGUAGAGGUUCCACCAGCCAGACCACAGCUGGACACUCCGUGUAAGAUGCUUAAUUAAGUUACAAUUAAACACACAUUUGAGGAUAAAAAAGUAGGGGAAUAAACCUUGUUUCUUUUAGGAUUCUUUAUCAACUUGAAAAGGACAUUAUAAUCAAAUCUCUAAGACGAACACUUUUGGGACCGGCAGUAAGUAUCCGUAAAGUAGCUGGUCCUUCGAGCAAAACGCCCGAGACACGCAAAUGACCACGCUCGUGACUGAAGGCACGAGACGGGAGAGGCGCGCGGGCGUCCACUAACCUUACUAAAUCUGAAGAAAAAAAGAGACUGCUCGCAGUCUGUAAAGUAGCUAGGGCAGGGACCAACUCGAUGAAUCCGUUUACCGAGGAGUCCUUUAGUCUUAUAGAGGUGUCCAUUAAGAGAGAGUAGAAUAGUAUAGAUUCCUUAAUAAUUAUUCGCUAGAUAGUGAUUUAUCCGGUGGUCAACUGAGAAACAGUAUUUUUGUAAAUCUGCUUUUGGUGUGAGUUCGUAAUCGACUUUACUUAAUUUUCUUUCCGCCGACAUGCAGUUUCUGAUUCUCUGUCCAAUCCAAAUACACGGUGGUGCAAGGAACGCUGCAUUCUGAUCUGGGAUGGCUUCGGUCGGUGGAGAAAUGGGAACUGGCUCUCAUACAAGAGAGGUACGAACCGGUAACAAAGCUGUGCUUCAGUUUCUAACAUUAGUUAUUGACGCCAAAAUCAGUCAAAUGAUGGGAAUUUCAUUUGUCCUGCUCUGUUUUGAACUUGAAAAAGAGUUUCUGUGAAGUCGCUAUUUGUUUCAUAAAGUAACUCUAGUAUGCUUUUCACCAGAGAAAACUCUUAGAUGGAAAAAGCAUCGUUCGAUUGUCUCUAAUCUGCAACCCAUGUUCUGUUGUAGUUAUAAGUCCUAGAAAAUGAAUUUUGUUGCAAUCUUUUUUUUUCAGUUGAGAACGUGCUGCGUGUUAGCUAAUUAAACCAACUCGAAAGCCGCGCGCGAGACUGUUCGCUAAACCAAUCAAAUUCUUAUAUUCGUGUUUCUUUAUUGUUUUCGUCGAAUCAUUUUAAGGAAGAACGAAAAUCUCUCAGACAACAUAAAUUAUGUAGCGAGAGGCGCCAGUCAGCUUGUUAUCAGAUAUAUCGCAAUAGCUCAUGUCACUGUUCACUUUUUGACCUUUUUUCUUAGAUGAUUUCAGUCCCCUCCCGUCAGGUCAUCGGCAGGGGACUGGUGUAUUGUGGAUAUACGGUGACUCGCACAAUCGACGAUUCGCAGAAUCUUUACAACGUCGAGCGCUGUGCAGAAGCGUGUUUAGAGCGUGUUAUCACACGGAUGUUUGGGUGUACACGUUAGGAACCGUCAAUUCACAGGAAAUGGACCUUAGGUAAUAAUGUUCGUACGAACCAAGACGUCCAGACCGCUGUUUAAAAACUUCACCUCAAAAACAAGCAAACAGCAAGAAAUAAAAAGAAGUCAAUUUUGAACAGAGGACCCGCCGAUGGGGUUAACGGACAAAUGAUAACUGCAAAGUUUUAAACUGAUAUUUUUACCCCCCCCCCCCCCCCCUCCUCGCCUGAUACAACUCCGCUGAAGAGAGUUCGCUUGGUUAGACCGCGAAAAAGGUUUAUUGAAAAAGGAUAUACUGAUCGUCAUCGUACACAAUGAUCACAUUCACUGAUGAAACAACAUGUUUUAAAUAGUUAACCCCUUUCGAUUUUCCCAAAGACAACGCCACCUGAAAGUUCUGUUCAGUAGCUGUUAAAUUGAAAACGUUACAGUCAAGAAGACUUUUGCAGGGACUGAUCAAACAACGUGAACUACAGUUAAGUUACGAUAUUUCGACUGGCCAAUACCAGUCUUCAUCAGGUUUAUUGAGAUAUCAUCACGAAUUUACAGAAAUGACUAGACAAACAGCAGAAUACUCAGAACCAUCGCGCAGUAAACGACAGAUUGCUCCUUUAUUUUCAUUUAAUGGACCGAAACAUUGUUUUAAGAGCCGAAACUGUUUGCUUGCUUGGUUGCAGCUUUGGUGGUAGAGACAUCAAUGUGACGCAGAUACUGGAGGAACUAAAGCAAGUGGUGACGCAGCCUUCGAUGGAUCAAGAUAGCGCUCUAGUACUAAACGCGGGAGUACAUCUCUUAAAGAGCACAAGCUUUAGAAAUUAUCAGAAGAUUAUCAAGGGGUUUAUUAAACUUUUAAAGGCGAUCUACCGCGGGACGGUGGUUUGGAAGACGAUACCUUCUCUUGGGGAGCAAACAGAGCUCUAUAGCGGUUGCUGUAGGCGCUUUCAUACCGAACAGGCAAGUUAA